AAUGUUAUAAAGUAGAAGAUUCUCUUUGUAAUGUUUAACAAAUAGAAUGAUUUUGUAUGCAAGUUAUUAAGAGCAUACUAUAGUGAUGAUGAGUAGUGGAGCAGAGCAGCCACUGGCUUCUAUUUAACUAUUGUAGUGCUGCUGUUUAGUGUUUGCGAUCACUGUGGCAGAUUGGAUUUGCGGCCUGUCAUGUAUAGUAUGGUUUCUGUGUACAUCCCAGGCUUCUCUGCUGAGAUUCUAGGCCCUGUUGGUGAUGACAUGUUUCAUUGGCAAGCCACUAUCAUGGGUCCAGCAGACAGCCCUUAUGCUGGAGGUGUAUUCAUGGUCACCAUUCACUUCCCACCGGAUUAUCCAUUUAAGCCACCAAAGGUUUCUUUCCGAACGAAGGUAUUUCACCCUAACAUAAACAGCAAUGGAAGUAUCUGUUUGGACAUUCUGAAAGAGCAGUGGAGUCCUGCCCUUACAGUUUCAAAGGUGCUAUUGUCAAUAUGCUCCUUGCUGACAGAUCCGAACCCAGAUGAUCCUUUGGUGCCUGAUAUUGCUCACAUGUACAAGACAGACAGAGCAAAGUACGAGAGCACUGCACGUUCAUGGACUCAGAAAUACGCCAUGAGUUAGAAGAAGAAGAACAACAACAACAACACCCACAUAUGCUUAUGCUUAUAUGCUUAUGCUUUUGUGCAAAAUAUGUUUCCUCAUCGGUACAUAUAAUACAUAUAUAGUGCCUUCUCCUUUCAUUUUAUAAUAAUAAUUAAAACCCCGGAAACACUUUUUACCUCUUUA